GACGGUUAUGUUUCAAACUUCGCAACUGUUUACGCUUUUUACGAAAUAAAGUUGAGUUGAGUGUUCUUUUAUUAGAUAAUCUUUGUGAAUUGAGCUUCAAUUAAUUGACGCAAACCGUUAUCGUUUAAGUAUAUUCCUUUUGUCUUGUGAAACUGUUUUGUGUGGUUGUGUUUAUCGAAUUAAUGAUAAAAUUUGUGAAAGCGUUUUAUGAUGGUUCGAAUAGAUAAAAUGCCUUUUUCUGGUAAAGACAAAAAACCCCCAGGUACUUUGGCGCCUUCGAAAUGUGGAUCUACACAGAAUAUGGCUGCAAAUAUAAAAGUUGUGGUAAGGGUUCGACCCUUAAACGAACGAGAGCUAGAGCAGAACAGUCGCAUAGUUGUAGACGUCGUUGACGAGAAAAUGCUUGUAUUUGACCCUAAAGAAGAGAUUCGACCUUUCUUCUACCAAGGAGUACAACAGCCUAACAAGAAUUUCUUGAAACGCGCCAACAAAGAAUUGAAAUUUGUGUUUGAUAAUGUUUGUGGCCAAAAUGCUAGUAACAGAGAUGUCUUUGAGACCACCACCAAGGAUAUUCUGACGGCCCUUAUGGAGGGAUAUAACUGUUCAGUAUUUGUAUAUGGAGCUACAGGUGCUGGUAAAACUUUCACUAUGAUUGGUAAUGCUGAGCACCCAGGUAUCACAUAUCUGACUAUGGAACACCUUUUCUACACAAUAAAUUCAUUUGAGAAAGAAAGAGAGUUUGAUAUUGGAGUCUCUUAUAUUGAAGUUUACAAUGAAAAUGUAUAUGAUUUGCUGAAGCCAUCAAAUACUCCUCUUCAACUCCGUGAAGACUCAAAGUAUGGAGUGAUGGUUGCCGGUCUCACUUUGAACAACAUUAAAACUGCAAGAGAACUCCUCAACAUGUUAGAGAAUGGCAAUAAGAAUAGGACACAGCAUCCAACUGACGCUAAUGCUGAGAGCUCAAGGAGUCAUGCAGUGUUUCAGGUAUAUGUAAAGAUGCGCUAUAAGACAAGCAGCCAACUUCGUUUAGUGAAGUUGUCAAUGAUUGAUUUAGCGGGCAGCGAGAGAGCGUCAGCCACUGGUUGUGUUGGUGAACGUUUCAAGGAAGGUGCUAAUAUCAAUAAGAGUUUGUUAUCACUUGGCAAUUGUAUCAAUAAGCUCGCUGAUGGCAGCAGUUAUAUACCUUAUAGAGAUUCCAAACUCACUCGCCUUCUAAAAGACAGUCUCGGUGGCAACUGUAAAACUGUAAUGAUCGCAAAUGUGUCACCAGCUCAUAUUAGUUAUGAAGAUACAUACAACACUCUUAAAUAUGCAGCUAGAGCCAACAAAAUACAGCUUAGCAUAAAGAAAAAUAUAGUCGAUGGUGAUAUGAGACUGUCACAGUAUGUGAAGAUCAAUGAAGAAUUAAAGAAGAAGGUGAAGGAAUUGGAAGCUAAAUUGACUUUAUCGAGUGUCCGUGUCGUGUCAAAAGAGCCAGAUAUGGCUAAAGAAAAAGCGAAACAAGAAUGGCGUCGCCGUAUACAAGAGUUGGAAGAAGAGCACGCAACGUUAGAAGAGCACUUGCUCUGUCUGAUGUCGAGGCAGCGUGUUUUGGCGCUCCGGCAUCGGUUAAGAACACGAGCAUUCAGUCACGUGGCUGACCUGGCUCACCGUUCCUCGUGCGAAGCUAUGGAAAAGAUGUGCAAUGAAGACAUCCCACGGCAAGAGCGGGCUGCAGAGAGUUACGUUAAGCAAUCGUCACAUCUCGACUCAAAAGUUAUGACUACUUGGACUAAAUGGGACGACAGCAGGAGAAAACUCCACAGUAUAUGCGAACAAGCACUCGCAGACUGCCCAGAACUCAUUGACUUUGUUGACAAACUACAAUUAAACAGUGAACUGCGCCAUAUGAAAGCCAGAGAUGAACUGAGAUAUAAACUACUCAUUAUUGAAAAUGAAGAGAUAAAUGCCUUCACAGAGUACAUGAGUGAUAUGCCUAGCAUGCUUAAGAAACUGUAUCUAACAUUAAAAGGGUACGAUAAAGCGCCUCCAGCGCUAACAAACGAAUAUCUUGAGAUUAUGAAAAAGGCUAAGUCUGCUAAAGGGAUCACUUGGUCAGACAAAGAUAUGGAAUGCGAUGCACAUUUUAAAUUCGUUUCCAACCUAGAGCUGGAUAAACCCACAUCGACCAUAGAUUUUAUAUCUAAAAAGGACUUUAAUACAACGGUUGACAUUGGUACUGAUAGCGAAUGCCAAAGCGAUAUAGAAAAUAGGGAACCCAUGCGAUUAUGUGGAAAUAAGCGCAAAGGUACGCCAAUAAAGUUGAUGAACAACGAAACUAUAAUAAUAAACGAUUCCUUGGAAAGUUUGGACGCGUCUAGGAAUUUAAAUUCAGCUAAGAAAGUUAAAAAAGAGUUUGGUAUUGUGCCCGAGAUAGAAAACUAUGGCGCUUUUGACCUGAAAGAUAUGAAUUCGACUUUUGUAUUGGCGGGGAAAAUAGAAUCUAUGAAGAAACCUAUCGUGAAACAGGAGGUGACGAAGGAACCGCCAAAGAGAGGACUCGUUGACAGGACUAACGUUAUACAGAGGACUAUAAGUUUUAACGACAAAGCCAAGAUAGUGAAACCUUUGGUUGGCAAAGCACUGCCAUUCAGACGUCCAACGCCCGGUUUUGGAUCAAGUUUAUCCCGAGACGGUACACCACUACAGAGGACUGUGCAAGUGAGGGCGCGAGAACGACCACAGAACCAUCCGUAUUCAAGACCACCGAUGGCUACCAGGAAGUGACCUUAAUCAAGGACUUGGAUCUGGUUAAAAGAAGUGUAAGGCGGUAUCAACUGAUUCGACAGGUAUUUACUAAUAAGUGUAGUAAAGUGUGAUUGUGAUUAAAAAUGAGUGGGUUUCUCGUUGUAUUUUAGUUUUUCACGGUUUUAUUGACAUAAUUGCAAAAUUAACUUGUUUUUUUUUUUUAUUAUGUUCUUAUUUUAUUGUGAAAAUGUAGCGCGCAAUAUGUGAAUAGUUUGUCUUUGAUCGACGCUGUGCGGUGUGUCGUAAUUUCGUUUUCUCUUUUGCUUGUACACACUCUUAAGACUGUCGUGAAUUAAUA